GAUAUUCUAAUGUAAAUAGUAAUUGUUUCCGCUAAUUUAUUAAAAGAAAGAUGGAGAAAAUCGGAAAAAAAAUUCAUUUAAAUUAGCCUAUUUCACUGGCAUACCACGAACAGAUUUAUAAUUUACUCGUCUUCCUCUCCAGAAAUACGGACUUCUGUACAUCGAAGAAAGUUGAAAGAUCUGUGAAGAUGAAGGCUUUCAGUGAAGCAUGGAGAGUGAUCACUUAGAUGAUGUGCUGUGGAGCUAGAAAUGGAUCAGAGUGGUCAUGAAGAUACCGUUUUAGUUGCUAAAAAAAAAGACCCAAUACAUGAGGUUUUGAAUGCAGGCAGCCCGUACCCUCUUGUUGUCCUUCCAGUGAGUGGUGACUACUGGCAGGAGGGGACAAAUCACAUCUGUGAUAAGGACAAGAGAGGAAAAGUUAUCAUUAAGAAAAUCGACGAAUCGAAAAUUGUCAUUGAAGAUGAUUUGGAAUAUAGUGCUUAUAAGAAUUUUUUUAAAAAUCAGGAGCACUACAACUACGUGACGGAGUGCUGUUUGGGGUCAUUACUGUUGUCCUUGAAGUUUGAAGAAAAUGGUGUUUCUUCUGGUGAGGAGAAGGAAGAAGUGGUGAGAGUUAUACUGAGGUCGUCAGAUAGAAUGGAACAACGUACUAUUCCAAUGAAAAACUUCUCAUCGUCUUGUGUUGGGCCAAAAGAUAUUCUUAAACAAUUCAUGCCCGAUCUUUUGGAGGACUUCAAUGACCUAAAUUUUCAGCCAAUUCUCUAUCCCAAGGCCUCUUCUCUCAUCAUGCGUUUUGACGAACAUGGUCAUGCCGAAAAAUUCAAAGUUGGUGUUGUCUAUCAGAGACCACGUCAGAUAAACGAGAGUGAAUUCUUCAAUAAUAAAUCCUGCAGCAAAGCGAUGUACGACUUUUUACAAAUUCUUGGUGAUGAAAUCGAGCUCUUUGGCUUCAAGGGGUACAAUGGUGGUUUGGAUACGAAAAAUCAUCAGACUGGUAGAAAAUCUGUUUACACAAAAUACAAAGGAAGGGAGAUAAUGUUCCAUGUUUCGACGAUGUUGCCACACACUAGUGGUGAUGUUCAACAACUCCAGAGAAAACGACAUAUUGGCAAUGAUAUUAUUACCUUCGUUUUUCAGGAUGAAAACACGCCGUUUUGUCCUUCCUCAAUACGGUCCAGUUUUCUUCAUAUUUUCUUCGUUGUACAAGUCGUAGAACCUUACACAAAUAAUACAAGAUACAAGAUUACUGUCACUGCAAAGGAAGACGUUCCUAAAUUUGGUCCCAGUCUUCCAAAUCCUGCUGUAUUUUCCAAAAAUGACCCUCAUUUAAAAGAUUUCUUGCUAACAAAAUUAUUGAAUGCUGAGUUAGCUGCGUACAAGGCGAAACAAUUUUCUACAUUAAUGGAGAGAACGAGAAAGAUGUUGUUCGAGGAUCUUAUUUCAACGCUAACGAAAAAAACUCAAGAAAUACUUUCUCCUGGUGCCGAAAGUGCUGGUGGCGGAAAUGUUUCCAGAGGAAGGCUUCUGCAUUCGUUGAGAAAUGCCUUCCGUUCGGAGUCUGUGCGAAGUGAUACGAUUGAUAGAAGUGGCCGUGAAUGUUUGACGCGCUCUAAGUCUAUGGAAAAUAUCGUUCAUCCUGACGACAUUGAUAAAACGUUGGUAAAGAAGAAGAAAAAUCAGUUCAAACGGUACUCAGUCAGUGGAGAUAAAACGAGAAAACCUUUUCGUCCCAAAAAUUUCAAGUCUAUGUUCCACUCCUCCUCACAAACUGACGGCCGAGAAAUAACUACGUCAGAAGAAAAUUAUGGUGACGUAAGUCCGACAUUUGAUCCUCACGACGACUCUCCUUCAGGUUCGUUUCACACACUGGAUGCUGUUCUUGAUAAACCCACGUCUCCAUUGUUGCUGACAAGCCCAGAAUCAGGAGACAACACGGAGCCUCAACUGCUAUACGGAAAGAUGCAAACUGAAGAAACCAACAAAAAAAAGAUACUUAAUGGCUAUAUGUCCACGCCAAGAGCUCACAGGGAAACUCUUUCACGGGAGAAAAACUCCCCUAGCAUGAUAAGGAAGCAGCCGCUCAUCAAAAGCAGCUCAGCUGAAAGCACUCCUUUCCACAAUCGAGUCAGCAAAGUUGAUAUUAAUGACGAAUCAUUAAUGAGGCAAUUAAGAGGAGAUCUUUAUAAAUUAUCCAAAGAAAAGGAUCGAUUACAACAUGAUAAUGAGAAUCUUCGCGAAGACAUGAAAAGAAUAAAAGAAGCUAUGACCAAACAAGCCAAAGAUCUCUGCGAGUCUCAACUUCAAUUGAACAGACUUCUGGUGAACAGUCGGUUGCCAGACUUGCCAUCUAGCUCAGUAUGAUUCUUAGUAUUCAGCGGAAUGAGGUGGGAAACGUUAUAUAAGCGAAAUGUUAAGCAGGACGUCUGUGAAUCUAAUGUCGAACUUAUUGCCUUUAUCUGCUGUUCAAGGCUUCAAUGCUACGUUUCACGUUAUCAAAAACUUAAAUUCUAUUUAUUUAUAACGUCAUGUCCCUUAUACAAAAGGACAUGUCUAUCUCUUAUUUUGCCAUCUCAUGGGCAAACACUCAUGUCUUAAAAUAACCUCAGUCGUUAUCUGUGAAUAAGAUAACUCGUGUUAUGAAGCUAGAAGUGGCUAAGGUCAAGACAGCAGAAAUUUACGUACAUAGACUGGCAAUUUGUAGAAAGGUAAAAAGCAAAAAUUAAAUAUAUGCAUUACGAGUUCUAA